CUGAGAAUGACACGGAUUUUGGUUGGUACUACUGAUUCGAGAAUACUUUCUGUAGAAUUUUAAAGAAGUUUGAAUUCGGGGGAUUUAACGUACCGCUCGAUUAUCACGUAUGAGUAUUAUCUUUUUCUUCGUUAAUGGUGUUUCUUUGUUCCAAUAUGAUUGACAUCGAUGACAAAUUAAUCAACCAUGAAAGAGGUUCGGAUGUUCGUAAAUCAGCGGAGGAAAUGGACGAGCAACGUCAAAAGACACUCGCGUACGAAUACCUCUGUCACUUAGAAGAAGCUAAAAAAUGGAUGGAAGCUUGUUUGAGGGAAACGCUUCCAGCCACCACUGAGCUAGAAGAGAAUUUAAGAAAUGGUGUGUAUUUAGCAAAAUUAGCACAUUUCAUGGCACCUGAGACUUUGCCGUUCAAUAAGAUCUAUGAUUCUGAACAAAAACGGUAUGCUGUGGCUGGUCUGCAAUUUCGUCAUACGGACAAUAUUAAUCACUUUUUGAAAUCCUUGAAAUCUAUGCAAUUGCCAUUGACAUUUCAACCAGAGACAACAGACAUUUAUGACAAGAAAAAUAUGCCAAGAGUAAUAUAUUGUAUUCAUGCUCUCAGUACACAUUUAUUUAAGCUGGGAAAGGCUCCACAAAUUCAGGACUUAUACGGGAAAGUGAAUUUUACAGAGGAAGAAAUAAAUGCUGUUAGCAAAGAGUUACAAAAAUAUGGGAUACAAAUGCCAUCCUUUCAAAAAAUUGGAGGACUUCUUGCAAACAGCAUGGAGACCGAUACUGCAACCCUUCAUGCUGCUGUCAUAGCAAUAAAUCAAGCAAUUAUAGAGAAAGAUUAUGAGAAAAUAUUAACCACGCUUCAGAAUAAGGUAGUUCAAUUAAACAAUGUUAUUCCUUGCUACAUCAGAGAAUAUAGGAAUAGUUUAUUGGAAGCUAAAGAUUCUAAAGCACAGGCUGCCCUUAACAGAUCUCUCAAUGAUAGCUAUGUACCAGAUGUAUACGAUGAACUAUUAACUCAAGCAGAAAUUCAAGGACAUCUUAAUUUCGUUAAUGUUCAAUGUGCAGUGGAAAAAGUAACUCGUUGUAUUCGUUAUAGAAACAAUGAGUUCUUGAAUGCCUUAGGAACACCCAUCUUACGUCUAGAAAAUAUCAUACACGAGAAUGCGGAUUUAUACAAAGAACAGUUGAUGCAAUUACUAGAAAGCUCUGAAUGGAAUAACGUGUAUUCGGACAGUCAGCACCAUUGGAAGCAACUGCUCCAAAAUGGAAUUGAUACGGCAAAUCAACUUGCCCUGAAAUCUCGUAAACGUAACGGUGCUAUUGAACAUUUAAAUUUAACGCUACGAACCGGGGCGCAAAAUGAGUUUUAUAAUGUUCUUAGAAACCCUGAUCUUGGAGUGUCAGAUAGAAUCGAUGACUUUGCUAUGCCAUUGUAUUACGAAGAAAUGAAAGUAGACCAAACAGAAUCUCAAAACGACCUUUCAUAUAGCGAUGUAAUAGUUAGCCUGAGGGUGUUGUCGUUAAUCGCAGAGAUUAGUAAGGCUGUAGACACUGGAAAUCCAGAUCUGGUUUACCAAGCAUUGUCAAAUCCAGAUUGUCAUGUCUCUGGGUUGGACAACGAAAAUAAAGUAAAAUACUAUAGAGCACUAUCAGCGGUCAGAUGCGAGAAACAAGUGAUGGAUGAAGACUGUCCUUUGCUGACAUACAUUGACAUUCAAGAAUGUAUUGAUGUUGUGAAUCGGCAAUGCCAGAAUGACGAUGAUGUGAUACAAGUUCUGGGCCAGUUAAAUUUGGCUGUUAUGGAAAACGAUCGAAACGGUAUCUUAACUGCUUUAAAGGAUACUGCUCUGAAGUUACAAAAAUCCACGUCGCCGGACGAUGCAUCCCUUUAUUUAAAAUUAUUUAAAAAGUGUCUUGCUGAGAAACAUUUCGACGGUUCCGAAUUAUGGCUGGAAGAUGUAGAAGCUAUAACGAAAAUCGUUGCUGCGGAGGCUGAAACCGUUCAGAAUGUGUGUACGUUUCUAUCGCAAGUGAAUUUAGCCUUGCAGCAAAACGACAUGAUCUCUACGAUCGAUUGUCUUCAGACAUUUGGUUUCAAAAUCCCGGAUAAAUAUAAGACAGAAUGUUUUCAGAACCUUUGCGAUUUAAGAAGAGUUAAGGGUGAAAAUAACGAUUGCGCGUUUGUACGUUUUGUUACUCCUAAGGGCAACGAAUCAUACUUAGAUCUACAGGAAUACAAUUACACAUGGGAUUGUCCUAAAAACAUGUCAGACUCGUAUUACAUAAAUAUGGAAGAUAUAAAGAAAGUAAUAAAAAAUACAACCACCAGAGAACACGAAAUGCUCAAGAUAAAUAAACAAAUUAUACACUUGCAAGCUCAUAUACGGGGUUAUCUGCUACGUAAACGAAUUUCAGAUAGAUUUGCAUAUCUUUACGCAAACAUGGAUAAAAUUGUUCAAAUACAAUCGUGGUGGAAGGGUCUGGUUCAGCGGAAGAAAUAUGCCCGGCUACUAGAAGAGAAACGUAAACGAGAUGCAGAAAAAUAUCAAAAUAAGUACUUGAAAGUUAAAGCCCAACUCGAGGAUAUAUUAAAUCAUUAUAGGGAGCAUGAGGAAAAAGUAAUGAAAGUGCAAGCUCUAUGGCGUGGUCGUGCGGAGAGACGUGCUUUCCGUUCUCUCUUGCACAUGGACAAACCACCUUUCCCUGUCGUUCGACACUUCUCAGCGAUCCUCAACUUUAACGCUGAAGACUAUGACCGAGAUUUGCAACUACAGCACUUGAAGCAUGAAGUGGUGAAGAGUAUUAGACAUAAUCAGGUCCUUUCGCAACAGCUGGAUAGCAUGGACAUAAAAAUAGGAUUACUUAUUCAAAAUAGAAUCACGCUACAGGACGUUGUGGCACAUGGUAAAAGUUUAGAAACCCUUGCAAAACAAAAGCAUUCCAGCAAAGAUCAGAAGAACAUCUUCGUUGACAAUAAUAUGUCGCACAAGGGUCUGAAGUCGUUAACCAAAGAGGGCAGGAGAAUGUUAGAAGGAUAUCAACACUUGUUUUACACGUUGCAAACUAAUCCCACGUAUUUGUCGAAGCUGCUGUUUCUCUUGCCUCAAAGCAAGACGAACAAGUUUCUGCAGAAUGUGAUACUGACGUUGUUUAACUUUGGGUCAAAUAUUAGAGAGGAGUAUUUGUUGUUGAAACUAUUUGGGACCGCUUUGCAAGAGGAAAUUAGGUCCAAAUUUCAAAAGCCGUCCGAAGUUGUAACUGGAAAUCCUCUCGUUUUAAAAAUGGUGGUAAACUACGCGCGACAAUUGAAUGGCCAAAGAGCUUUGAGGCAGAUUGUAGGUCCCAUUAUUGAAAAAAUUUUAGCUGACCGUACGUUAAGCAUAGAGACAAAUCCCAUCGACAUAUACAAAUGCUGGAGAAAUCAGUUAGAAAUGGAAACUGGACAGACACUAGAUCUUCCGUAUACCGUAACGCAACAGGAAGCUUUAAACUACGAACAAGUACGGAUAAGACUGAACAAGGGAAUACAACUGUUGCAAAGCACUGUCUUAGAAUUCUUAAUGAAGAUCACCGAGUCCAGAGAUUUAAUACCAUACGGAAUGUUGUACAUGGCGAAGAUUUUGAACGAUUCUUUAACCGAGAAAUUUCCACACGCCCCGGAGAAAGAUAUAUUGAAAGUAGUAGGAAAUUUGAUUUACUACCAUUUUAUUAACGCCGCGAUUGUAGCACCAGACGCUUUUGAUAUAAUCACGUUACCGAUUGACCGAUCAUUGUCAAAUGAUCAGCGAAGGAAUUUGGCUAGCAUCGCAAAAAUAUUGCAGUUCGCAGCGUCUAAGAAAGGGUUCGGAGAAGAAGCAACGCAUUUGGUCUGCCUAAAUUCAUUUAUAAUAGAGUGCCACGAAAAGUUCAAACGCUUUUUCCGGUACUGUUGCCAAAUAGAAGAUCUAGAGGAACACUUUUGUAUUCAUCAGUAUACCGAGGCAACGCUGAUUCACAAACCCGAGAUUUACAUUUCAUUGCAAGAAAUCUGUGAUACUCACUGUCUCAUGCUGGAGUACCAAGAUCAAAUAGCUCCAGAUCCAAUGGAUCCCUUACAUGAUCUACUGGAUGAUCUAGGUCCUGCACCCACUCUGCCAUCCUUACUUGGAAUCUCCGAUAACACCUGCGAAACAAAUUUGUCACGAUUUGGGAAAACAGAAGUGUGCCUGGUACUCACCAAUAAGUUUCAAGUAUCAGAGGACGAAGACGCUAAUUUGAACAGGCUUUUCAUAAAGACUAAGGAGCUGUUAGUUUCCGUGCUGCAAUUCUUAAAAGGUCAAACAUUAGUAGAAGCAUUGGACACCUCUUGCUCGCCUGUACAGGAGAAGCUGUACGACGUGAAAUGCUCCAGCAUGUCGCCCACAUUGAACAUUAUUCACAAAAGCUCGUCUUUAAACGACUGCAAGCUACAGCUGCGAGCGUAUCUCAAUAAAUUGGAGCUUGGGGGAUGGGUCAGCCAGACGGAUGGAUAUCAGAACAUCGUCACAGCAGUGGCCAGUGAUCUUUGCAACAAAGGAAAGUAUCGGAUUAUCCGGAACAAGGAACUGCAGACGUUGCGGGUAACUAAACAGAGACUGGAAGAGAAAUGCAAAUACUACCAGGAACAAGUUGAAUAUUACAAUGAAUAUAUACAGCGAUGUUUGGAGAACUUGCAUACUGGAAAAGGGUCUUUGAGAGCGUUCAAAGCAAUCCAAAAAAACAGUCACGGGAAACUAAGGUCCAAAAUGACGCUGAAAUAUUCUGCGGCGAAGUUACAGGAGAAAGGGGUGUUGUUGGAAGUGGAUGGACUUCCGCAGUCGCAGUUCAAAAACGUGAUCUUCGAAAUCAGCCCAACAGAGCACAGCGGUCUUUUCAGUGUGCGUUGUAAAUUUAUGGGCGUUGAAAUGGAGAAAGUUGACAUCGAUAUACAGAAGUUGCUUGAACUGCAAUUCGAGGGAGCGCCGAUUAUGGACAUGUUUGGUAAAGCAAAGGUUAACGUGAACUUGUUGUUAUAUUUAUUGAAUCGAAAGUUUUACGGUAAAACUUGAAAGAGAAAGAAUUGAAUUGUAUUAUUUAUGAUUACGCGCGCCGCUUGUGCAAUUGUUUGUUGUAUCGUGAUUACGGUUCACUUAAACGGAAAAAUACACAUUGAAACGCCAAAAAUGUCGGGAGCUCGCGGGAAUUAUUGAACUCGUUUUUAUUAUUGUUCGCAAUUUGCAAGGACGAUCAUCAUCAAUUUAUGUAAAUAAUUGUACGUAUAACAAUUUAAUAUCCUAAUAUAAGUAUACCUUGGUAUGUAUUGUAUGUAGCAUCGAAAUGGACUGGUACAGUGUAACAGUGCACAAAGAGAUUAUAACUUUUAUAAAUUGCCAAACGUUACAAAACUACGUAGAAUACGGAAUCUGGUCCAUGGUGACUGAAUUGCUUGGAUUUCACAUUGUAGUAUGAACAUUUCUUGUCAGUUUAAACAUUUAACAACUAUAUACGCGACGAGAGUCUAUGAAACAAAAACGAUUUUAAAUACGAUGAAACAGUUCAAAAGAGAAAUAUUAUAUUUUACUAAUAUUUAUAAAAAUAAGUAAAUUAAUGAUAUCAAAUGUCGCCUAUCAUUUGAGAUAAAUGGUUCCUUUCGAUUUUUAUUUGUUUUAUAACUAAAUUCAAUUUCAGCCGUGUACCAUAUAUUUGACUUUUUGUCGGUCGCUAGAUCUUUUCCUUUUAUUACAGGGCAUGACGAAUAAUCAUAUGUAAUGUAAUAAUCUUACUAGAAUCUAAAUAUUUUUUGUGUUGCACCGUCAAAAUAAGGUAAGGCAUAUUCUGAGAAAUUCCUAAUCGAGAACAAUAGACUGUCCAUUAUUAUUUAUACGUUUUUGCAAUGCUAUACAUGUAACUUAUAUUACUAUUUAAAUAGUGGACAACCUUGUGUUCCUGUGCAUUUUAUAAAAUCUAAAAUCGAAUAGUUUGAACACAAACCUGAAGUUUCUAUCGUUUGCAUAUUUUAAUACAAUAGAUUUCUAUUUUUAUAAAAUAUACUACAUAAAGGCCUGUUUAGUGGAUACUGGCGAAUAAGCCUGCACAUUCGAAACAAAAGG